UUUUUCAGAGGAAGGAAACAAAGGUUAUGGACCUGUUUUUGAGGAGCAACCCAUUGAUACCAUCUACCCAGAAGAAUCUUCAGAUGGACAAGUUUCAAUGAACUGCAGGGCUCGAGCAAUUCCUUUUCCUACUUACAGGUGGAAACUCAACAACUGGGAUAUUGAUUUAACAAAGGAGCGCUACAGUAUGGUGGGAGGCAGACUUGUUAUCAAUAAUCCGGAGAAAUCAAGGGAUGCUGGAAAAUAUGUCUGUGUAGUGUCGAAUAUCUUUGGAACUGUCAGAAGCAGUGAAGCCACUCUGAGUUUUGGAUAUCUGGAUCCCUUUCCGCCUGAGGAGCGCUAUGAGGUUAAAGUCCGAGAAGGUGUUGGAGCAGUGCUUCUUUGUGAGCCCCCUUACCACUACCCAGAUGAUCUCAGUUAUCGCUGGCUUCUAAAUGAGUUCCCUGUAUUCAUUGCUUUGGACAAACGACGAUUUGUGUCACAGACGAACGGCAAUCUCUACAUUGCAAAUGUAGAAGCAUCAGAUAAGGGCAAUUAUUCGUGUUUUGUGUCCAGCCCUUCAAUAACAAAGAGUGUAUUCAGUAAAUUCAUUCCACUUAUUCCACAGUCUGAUCGUGCAAAAGUAUACCCUGCUGAUAUCAAAGUGAAGUUCAAGGACACAUAUGCUCUCCUGGGGCAAAAUGUGACACUGGAGUGUUUUGCUCUUGGGAAUCCGGUUCCUGAACUUAGAUGGAGUAAAUACCUUGAACCCAUGCCAGCCACUGCUGAGAUAAGCAUGUCUGGUGCAGUUCUUAAGAUCUUCAAUAUUCAGUAUGAAGAUGAAGGACUUUAUGAGUGUGAAGCUGAAAACUAUAAAGGAAAAGAUAAACAUCAAGCAAGAGUUUAUGUACAAGCCUCUCCUGAGUGGGUAGAACAUAUCAAUGACACAGAGAGGGAUAUAGGCAGUGACCUAUACUGGCCUUGCGUAGCUACAGGCAAGCCUAUUCCAACAAUUAGAUGGUUGAAGAAUGGUGUCUCGUUCCGGAAAGGUGAACUAAGAAUGCAAAGUCUGAGCUUCGAUGAUGCCGGCAUGUACCAAUGUAUAGCAGAAAACACACAUGGAAUUAUUUAUGCAAAUGCUGAACUGAAGAUUGUGGCUUCACCUCCUACUUUUGAACUGAACCCUAUGAAGAAGAAAAUCCUAGCAGCUAAAGGGGGCCGUGUAAUCAUUGAAUGCAAGCCUAAAGCUGCUCCUAAGCCAAAAUUCUCAUGGAGCAAAGGAACAGAAUUGCUUGUAAAUGGGAGCCGCAUACAUAUCUGGGAUGACGGGAGCCUGGAAAUUAUCAAUAUCACAAAGCUGGAUGAAGGUCGCUACACCUGUUUUGCAGAAAAUAACCGGGGAAAAGCUAAUAGCACUGGUGUUUUAGAAAUGACAGAAGCUACAAGGAUUACUUUAGCUCCGUUGAAUGUUGAUGUCACCGUUGGAGAGAAUGCUACCAUGCAAUGCAUUGCAUCCCAUGAUCCCACAUUAGACCUGACAUUUAUUUGGUCUCUAAAUGGCUUUGUAAUAGAUUUUGAGAAAGAGCACGAACAUUAUGAAAGGAAUGUUAUGAUUAAAUCCAACGGUGAGCUGCUCAUUAAAAACGUUCAGCUGCGGCACGCUGGGAGGUACAUGUGCACUGCUCAGACGAUUGUUGACAACUCCUCGGCUUCGGCUGACCUUGUGGUAAGAGGUCCUCCGGGCCCUCCUGGAGGUAUAAGAGUAGAAGAAAUUAGAGACACUGCUGUAGCACUUACCUGGAGUCGUGGAACAGACAAUCAUAGCCCUAUUUCUAAAUACACUAUCCAGUCAAAAACGUUUCUGUCUGAAGAGUGGAAAGAUGCCAAAACAGAACCAUCAGAUAUUGAAGGAAAUAUGGAAUCUGCUACAGUGAUUGAUUUAAUUCCGUGGAUGGAAUAUGAGUUCCGGAUAAUAGCAACAAACACUUUGGGGACAGGAGAACCUAGUAUGCCAUCACAGAGAAUUAGAACAGAAGGCGCUCCUCCUAAUGUGGCUCCUUCUGAUGUCGGAGGAGGGGGUGGAAGCAAUCGUGAGCUGACAAUAACAUGGAUGCCUUUGUCAAGAGAAUACCACUAUGGCAAUAACUUUGGUUAUAUAGUGGCUUUCAAGCCAUUUGGUGAGAAAGAAUGGAGAAGAGUUACAGUUACUAAUCCUGAAAUUGGCCGGUAUGUCCACAAGGAUGAAUCAAUGCCACCUUCAACCCAGUAUCAAGUAAAAGUGAAAGCUUUUAACAACAAAGGGGAUGGACCGUUCAGUCUCACUGCUGUCAUCUAUUCAGCACAAGAUGCUCCAACUGAAAUACCUACAGAUGUGAGCGUAAAAGUUUUGUCAUCUUCUGAAAUGUCUGUUUCUUGGCACCAUGUUUCUGACAAAUCUGUGGAAGGAUAUCAGAUUCGUUACUGGGCUGCUCAUGAUAAAGAAGCAGCUGCACAGCGGGUACAAGUGAGCAAUCAAGAAUAUUCAACCAAACUGGAAAACCUGAAGCCUAAUACACGCUACCAUGUAGAUGUUUCCGCCUUCAAUAGUGCAGGCUAUGGACCUCCCAGUAGAACCAUUGAUGUUAUUACCAGGAAAGCACCUCCAAGCCAACGUCCAAGAAUUAUCAGUUCUGUAAGAUACGGUUCAAGGUACAUCAUCACCUGGGAUCAUGUGAAGGCUAUGUCAAAUGAGUCUGCAGUUGAAGGAUACAAAGUACUGUAUAGACCAGAUGGACAACAUGAAGGCAAGUUGUUUUCAACUGGAAAGCACACAAUAGAGGUCCCCGUCCCCAGUGAUGGUGAAUAUGUUGUUGAGGUCCGAGCACACAGUGAAGGAGGAGAUGGAGAAGUAGCUCAAAUAAAAAUUUCAG